UUCCGCCUGCCGGCACCCCGACAAGGAUGGCCGGCCGCCGCGGCUGCGUGAACUCCCUAUGGUCGGGCACCGAGCGCGUCCGGAUCGGAGAGCGCCUCAAAGCGACCCUGGCCGGCGUGUUGGAGCUGGAGCUGCUCAGGUGCAAACACCUGGAGAUGGUGGACGCCGCGUUGGAGGACCGAGGCGGCGCCGCCGCCGAGGGGCCACGGGCGGAGGAGAGCGGAACCCCGGAGAGCGGCGCGUCGAACGCCGGGCAGGGCUCUGCGACAUCCCGCAGGCAACAGGCCCCCUCUCCGUCCGAUGGUAUGGUGCUGCCCUGUCAAAGCAGCCCAGAGGACUCUGGCAGUACCUCCGGAGACGGGACAGUCCACACCUCAGUGGGCCGGGGGGGUAACUCGCGCUGGUCUACUCUGUCCUGGGACGCCCCCUCUGAUCUACUGUCCCCCCCGACACCGGACCCCAGUGGUACAGUCCAUUUGGACAGCGACUCCAGGCCCAGUUCAGGUUUCUAUUCAGUGAGUGGGAGUUCUCUGUCAGACUCCUGCUACUCUGUGUCCAGUGAAGCUGCUCAGGCUGGACAGGCAGCUCCGGCCAGACCUCUGAAGCUGUGGGAGCAGGUGCCACUGUCUGUUGACAACACUGACAUCCUGUGGUCAGAAGGUGCACUGCAGGUGCAGCAGCAGCAGCAGCAGCAGCAGCCACUGCAGAGCAGCAGCGAGGAGGCUGAACCAACAGAAGACACAUCAGCUCCAGUCCCAAUAGACCUCGAAGUGACUGGUCUAAGCUUUCUGUCAGACCUCUGCUCAGGACUCAGUGACUCCCUAAUUGCUUCCCUCCUCCUGCUUCUCCAUCCCACACCUUCCUCUGCCACCUCCGCCUCCAUCCACUCAAAAUCUCAACUGGAUCCACGCUUUUGUACAGAUCUGGUGUCACGUCGGACCAAAGAGGUUUACACUUACCCCAGCCCACUGCACGCUGUCGCCCUUCAAAGCCCUCUCUUCACCGCCCAGGACCCAUCAGCUUCCUGCAGUCCUGAAGGACCCCAACCCGAUGACGCAACAGAAUCCACCUUGGAUCAUAGUCCUCUUCAGACUAAUCACACCCCCACCCAGGCAUCCGUCACCCAGCUGGAGCAGUAUAUCUCGCGGCUGGCUCGGCAGUAUCUCAUUCGUAUGACCUCCUCCACCUCUGAUCUUACUUCAGCUGCGACUCCUGGUUCAGUGUUGCACAGAGGCCUUUGUACUCCAGGCAAAAGUCAUGGUUCCACUCAGUCCCUUUCUGCCUUCGAGAGCCGCAGCACACCCUGCACUCUGCCUGGGGGCAGCGCUACACCCUGUAAGUCACUGCUGGGGAACUCGGCAAGAGUCAGCCUCAGCACGACAGGAAAAAAGGCCACUAGAAACUCCAUCAACCUGGGGAACCUUCCUUCAGCUACUGGUGAGGAUUUAAGCAUAAACCUGCAUCUUAACCUUAACUUGAACCUAAAUCCCAGUUUAAAUCCAAGCCGUGGACUGGUGGACACACCCAAAACUGGCAGUUGUGGAGCUUUGAGAGGUGACUUUGCCACAGCCUCCACUGCCUCAGCAUCGUCACUCUCCUCCUCCACUCCCACCCCAGCACUUAGACCCCGCCCUCGGAUUUCCACCUGCCCCUCCAGCCUGAGUCACCGCAGCUCUCUGGAGGUCACAUCUGCAUCAGGAGCCAGUUCUGCGUUUGGAUCAUCUGCCUUCUGUCGUUCCCUGGAUUGGAGCGGCGGCAUUCCACCUGAGGCAGCAUCAGUGUACGGUUCAAACACUGGAUCAGCUCCGGGGUCUCAGCGGAGCAGCUUGAUCCAAGAGUCCAGCUCCAGUCCAAAGCUAAGUGAAGACUCACCCAUGGUAGGGGAGAUCUCACGCCUCUCUGGCCUCUCCAGGGCUGUUGUGGUUGGACUGAUGGAGGAAGGUGUAGAGCUUGAUAUUGACUGCUUUCAAGGUGAUACCACAGGUGAAAUAAGAGGUCAUGGUAAAAGUCACCUGACGCCCCAGGCAGAUCAGUCACAUGACUACGCAAGAGUGAGCGACCUGAACCCCCAGAGGCCAAUCCAGCUGUCUCUGAGCCUCACACAUUCACCUCAGUCUCAGUCCAGCCUCACCCCUCCACUCUCACACUCCAGCAGUCCCAUACAUCCAUACCAGUCCAUCCAUAUCCCCCCUCCACACUAUUCCUCACACUGUCACUAUCAGCAGCUUCCUUCCCCAUCUGACCUCCCCUCCUCUACCGCUUCUUCUCCUGCCUCCCGUCCGACCCCGAGAGGCAGAUCCCCUCCCCGUCCUCUACAGCCCUCCCCCAUGGGUGCCACCCCGCUCUCCGUUUUCCGCCGUGAUGCACCCUUCCAGUGCUCCCUUCCCCGGACAAACACCAGGAGCUCUACUCUGGAUCACGGCGGCUUCCAGCAUCGAGGUGGAUCCCUUCGGCAGAGCGGGGGAGGAGGUGGUGGUGGGUGGAAGAGAGGGGAAGGAGAGGGGCUUUACAAAGGGAAACACGCCUCACAUAAGCUGAUCAGGGCGGCCACAGUGAGCAGCUACGCCAAGAGGGAGGACUACAGCUCUGUUUGGGCUGAAGAAGAAGAAAAGGAAAGAGCAGCACAAACGCCCAGGAAGAACUCCAACAAACUGUGGAGGGGGUUUGAGGGGCGACUGUGGGGUAAAGAGUCUGAAAGUGAAAGGGAGGAGAUGGACAGAGCAGAGUAUGGUUAUGGAUGGAGGAGAAACAGCUGUGGUGGAAGCUGGAGGAGGGAACACCGGAGGGAGAAGACUUCAUCCAGGGGUAACGACAAGAGGCCAAAAGUUGAGAACUCGCCUAUUUUUUCAAAGAAAAAGGGAAGGGAAGAGGGAGAGAGGCGCUGCUCCAGCCUGAGGCUCUCCAGAAGGGCUCUGUUCAGGAGCGAGUCCCAGGGUUUACUGGUGCCUCGUAACCACAAUGAAGAACCCUCAAAGCGCUCACACUGGGUCUCCUCAUUAGAUGUGGGGCAGGGGGGCAUGGGGAUCAGCAAAGACGGAGGGGUCAGACUGCUGAGAGCUAAAGAGGAGGACAAACGACUGUCCUCCACCGCCAGCCUUUUUAACCUCUCUCGUUCUCAGAGCCUAGAGGGCAGCUGCCAGUCCCUCUCUCCUCUCUCCUCCCCUUCGUUUUCUCCGUCACCUCCUCCUCGAAUGCCUCUCCAGCGUUCCCGUUCUCUGAGGGAUUUGGGGAGGAGAAUGUUCGGCUCCAUGAGGUCUCUGAGUCUCAAACGGAAGCCAUCCAAGAAGUGAUAUUUGUACAAUAAAUGAACAUCACAGUAAAUGCAUCUUCCACAUGUUCCAAUCUUAACAUCAGUGACAGUUGUUAUAUUUAACAUAAGAGGAAGUGCCAUCAUUUUCUGUAUUUAAACUUAAGCUGGUUCUUUAGUAACCAUCUCAAACUCCAGUGCUUUUUCCACCAUCGACAUGAUGGAGGAUCCUCUCAGGCACGCUAAGUCUGUCAAACUUGCUAUUAAUCUUCUUGUUAUUUGCUCUGUUCAUUCAUUCUAGUAAUGUUUUGUACAUUUUUAAAGACAUAGCCACAUUUUAUAGCUUGCCCAAAGUAAUUCUUCACUGACUGGGCUAAAUUGUACAACUAGAAAUUAUGAAAAAAUAGAAGUAUUUAAUUUUGAGGUGAAGAAUUUAUUUGAAGGGCUAAAUUAUAAACAUUUUGAUGAUAUAGUUUGUAUAUUCAGUAGAAUACUCCAUAGUGUCAACAAAACACACGGAGCAACAAAUUUGACAAAAAUGCAGCCCAAUUAAAAUUUUCAAAAAAUACACUAUAACCAUACCAAUGAUACACACCUUCAUGAGAACACUGGAUGGAUCUUCUUAUAAACCAUUAGUAUGAAUGUGUAUGUGUACACUUCCCUUCUGCAUGCUGCUCUGUGACUUGUUCAGUGAUUUUAACUAUUGUGAGAAUGUGAUAUUCCUCUUUUAAUGGCAAUACUGCCUCUGAAGUACAAUCAUAUUGGCCAGAUAAUGACCAAAACCAAGCAAAUACUCUUUAACUUGAUAUUGUGCUCAGGACUUUGAAAUAAAUAUUGAAUGAUUACAAUAUUGAUGAGUUAUUUGA